AUGUCCUUCACGGAAUCCGCCGCGGCGGCGAUGUUGACCGUCGCGACGGCCGUGAUGGUCGAUGAAACCGGCAAGCCCACGCCAACGCAUCCGCACCGACCGGAUUUGGUUGACCCUAGGAAGGGUCAACGUGAUUUGUACACGCAGUUUGUCAUCAGCUUUGCAUUGGGACUGGGAGCAUUCCUUUCAUUUUGUGUUCUACGGCCAAAAUGGGCUGAGCUGUAUGCCGCACGGCGGCACCAACGUCGGGUCGCCAAACAAUUGCCGGAACUCCCCGACAGCUUCUUUGGAUGGAUGCCAGUUUUAUAUCGAAUUACCGAUGAGGAGGUGUUGGAAUCUGCGGGGUUGGAUGCAUACUUUUUGCUGUCGUUUCUUCAGUUCGCGAUUCGAUUUUUAUCGGCUGUAUUCGUCUUCGCCGCGGUCAUCAUUCUCCCGGUGCAUUAUGCGUACAUCCGUGAUUUAGGGAUUCCGGUACCAAAAAGCAGUACCGGCAAUGAAGAUCAGAAUAAGGACCUUAUGUCGGACCCGAAUUACCUGUCGAUGUAUGUGAUUUUCACGUACAUAUUCAGUGGACUGGCUAUCUACCUUCUCCUACAAGAGACGACGGUUGUCAUCCGCACCCGACAGAGGUAUCUUGGAAGUCAGACCAGUACUACAGAUCGAACCAUUCGCUUGUCUGGGAUACCUGAUGAUCUGAAAUCCGAAGAGAAGAUCAAGGAAUUCAUGGAAGGUCUGCAGGUUGGAAAGGUUGAAAGCGUCACUCUAUGCCGUGUCUGGCAGGAGCUCGAUAUUUUGAUUGAUGAGCGACUAAAAGUUUUGCGGAACCUCGAAUGGGCGUGGACUAGACAUGUGGAAUACAAGAGAUCGAAAGGGGAUGGUAAUAACCUGCCUAUGACCCGACCACAACCAUGCGGUGCUAGUUUGAGAUCCUAUGAUGAGCAGUCGCAGCUUCUUUCAGAGAGCGAUCGAGACCAUGUGGCUGACUAUGCUCGACGACGGCCUACGAUACGUUUAUGGUAUGGGCCAUUGCGCUUGCGAUAUAAAACUGUCGAUAUGAUCGACUAUUACGAAGAGAAGCUGCGAAGAAUUGACGAAAAGAUCGAGAACGCACGUCAGAAGGAGUAUCCGCCAACGAAUCUCGCCUUUGUGACUAUGGAGUCUCUUGCAGCGGCCCAAAUGGUUGUGCAAGCGGUUCUCGAUCCUCACCCCAUGCAGCUUCUGGCUAGGCUUGCACCAGCCCCAGCAGAUAUUAUUUGGAAAAACACAUAUGUACCGCGCUCCAGACGGAUGAUGCAGUCCUGGCUUAUCACAGGAGCCAUUGCGUUCUUGACCAUCUUCUGGUCGGUUCUUUUGAUUCCUUUCGCAUCCCUACUGGAACUGGAAACCAUUCAUAAAGCGUUCCCGGCGCUGGCUGAUGCCUUAUAUCGAAACCCUAUUGCGAAAUCACUGGUUCAGACUGGUCUCCCGACCUUGGUUAUCUCGCUGUUAACCGUUGUUGUUCCCCAUCUGUAUACCUGGCUUUCGAAUCUGCAGGGUAUGAUGUCGCGGGGUGAUGUCGAGCUAUCGGUUAUAUCCAAGAACUUCUUCUUCUCGUUCUUCAACCUCUUCCUACUUUUCACUGUCUUUGGAACGGCAACGAAUUUCUAUGGUCUCUGGCAAAAUCUUCAGGACGCAUUCAAAGACACAACCACCAUUGCGCGUGCGUUGGCCCAGUCCUUGGAGGGCUUGUCCCCGUUCUACAUCAACCUCAUCGUUUUGCAGGGAGUUGGAUUGUUUCCCUUCCGACUCCUUGAGUUUGGGAGUGUCGCAAUGUAUCCAAUCAACUAUCUUUGGGCCAGGACACCUCGGGAUUAUUCUGAACUUUCGAAUCCGCCGACAUUCAGCUACGGACAUUCCAUCCCACAGACUAUCCUUGUUCUGAUCAUCUGUGUUGUGUACAGCAUCUUCCCCAGCUCUUGGCUUAUCUGCUUUUUCGGAUUGGUCUACUUUAUCGUGGCUAAGUUCGUCUAUAAGUAUCAACUCCUGUACGCAAUGGAUCACCAACAGCACUCCACCGGACGCGCUUGGCCAAUGAUCUGCAAUCGGUUCUUCGUGGGUUUGAUGCUCUUCCAACUAGCGAUGAUUGGCGUCCUGGCCUUGCGCAAAGCCAUCCUAUUCUCUUUGCUUCUGGUGCCCCUGCUCGCUGCGACGGUGUGGUUUACCUACUUCUUCUCCCAAACAUAUGAGCCGUUGACGAAAUUCAUUGCGUUGAAGAGCAUCGAUCGGAGUCGGUCUGGCGGGGCUGAUGUUUCCACGUCACCAUCGUCGGUUCUUUCCCCUCCAUCUGCCCUCCAUCGCGAUGCCUUUCCCAUCCUGAUCGGGGGACAAGAACUUCAGUUGAGAUUGAAGAAGUAUGUCAAUCCAAGUCUGAUCUUGCCGCUUGAUGAUGCAUGGCUCCCGAGGCAUCCUGCGUCUCACGAACACCUACAGAAUGAAUUUGAGACGCACCACGAAUCUAACGAUCUAUCCGUUUGA